CGGAGGAGCAGAGAGAUAGGACUGUUAGCUGGGACGUAUCCACGUAUACUUUGUCCGCGUUCGCUGCCACACAGACCAGUGACCUCGGGAUGUGGGGUCACCUGACCGCUAUCGUCCUAUUGCUCCUGGAGGGUUGCCGGACGCACACUGUCCAUGACACAGUCCAAGCAUGGAAAAAGUACCAAGAAGAAUGUGAAGAAAGGAUGAGGACGGAGCCCACGCUGAGUGGCGUGUUCUGUAAUCGAACAUUUGACAUGUACGUGUGCUGGGGAGAUGCGGCCGCCAACACGACGCACGCAGAACCGUGUCCAUCGUACUUACCCUGGCACUCGCAAGUGAGAGACGGCUUUGUGUUCCGACGCUGCGGUUCGGAUGGACACUGGCUGCGGGAUGAGAUGGACAUGCCCUGGAGGGACCACUCUCAGUGCGAGAGCGUAGACACUGAGCAGGAGCACUCACAGGCCUGGAUUCUAUCCCAGCUCCGCGUCAUGUACAGCGUGGGAUACGGCGUGUCACUGGCCGCGCUCAUCGUCGCCGUGUGCAUACUCACGCAGCUCAGGCGUCUACGUUGCACCCGCAAUCUGAUUCACUGCAACCUGUUUGUGUCGUUCAUCCUGCGCGGGGUGUCGGUGUUGACCAGGGACGCGCUUUUAUUAAAACAGCAGAAUUUCCUCCAAGGAGAGGAAGACUUCACAACCCUACUGCGAGAGAGGACUAUGGUGGGCUGUCGCGUGGCUCAGACCAUCACCCAGUACUGUGUAGCUGCCAAUUAUUACUGGCUGUUGGCGGAGGGUCUGUAUUUACACAACCUGCUUGUUGUAUUAACGUUCUCUGAAGAAGGGGUCCUCCCUCGCUAUGUGCUACUAGGCUGGGGGGCUCCCGUUCUGUUCGUGGUCCCCUGGGUCGUUGUGCGGCAACUCUAUGAAAACACACAGUGCUGGGAAAGGAAUGAUGUCCCAUCCCAUUGGUGGAUCAUUCGAUCUCCUAUACUUUUGGCUGUCCUGAUAAACUUUUUUAUCUUCCUACGGAUUCUGCGCAUUCUAGUCCUGAAGCUCAGAGCCAAUCAGAUGAGGAGAAGUGACCGCAAAUACCGGUUGGCCAAAUCCACCCUGACGCUAAUCCCUCUACUUGGAAUCCAUGAGGCCGCAUUCAACCUUAUACCCGAGGAGAGCGCCAAGGGAGGAUUCAGGUACAGCAAGCUAGCGGCAGAGCUAUUGCUGAGCUCCUUCCAGGGGCUGCUGGUGUCUGUUCUCUACUGCUUCUGUAACAAAGAGGUUCAGUCGGAGCUACGCAGGAAAAUGCAGGAUUCCUUAAACGGAGGGAGGCCCACCUGCGCCCCCCGGCCCUUGCACCCCCCACCUAGGACACCUCACGGAGCUGAGGACGUGAUGUCUGACAGCUCAGAGGCUACUCCUCCAGUGGCCCGGACCAGUCAACAUUAAUCCUCUCCGUCCCGUACCUCACCCCUUCUAUUUAUUUAUUUAUUGCUUGUUACGUUAGAACCUUUGUUAAUUAAAAUAUAUUGUCCGUGA